AUGCAACUUUCGCGCUGCCAUGCCCAUUCUUGGACUCUCCUGCCCUACUCCAACGACUGUAUGUUAAAGUAAACAGACACGCUAUGUCUACCACAAUCCCAACAACAUAUUCCCAUGCCGAAUAUGAGGCAGCCCACCAAUCUACGUACGAACGGACCCCACGAUACCCUAUCAAACCGGUCCUUCCACCUGGAGUCCGCGAAGCCGACUUUGCCCGAGCAAUCCAGGAGUUUAUCUCCACGGUCGGCCAGGACGCCGUUUUCAUUAACGAGGGACUGUCCGAUUACAUCGACCCGUACGACGUGCAUGAGGACAGAGACGAUAAGCGCAAAGUCCCCAGCGCUGCCGUUUGCCCCCAGUCAAUAGAGCAACUCAAAGAGAUGCUUGCCGUAGCGAACAAGUAUGCCAUACCCCUGUGGACCUUCUCCCGAGGCAAGAAUCUAGGUUAUGGUGGACCGGCACCGCGCGUCAACGGCUCGGUUGCUCUAGACCUGCACCGCAUGAAAAAGAUCAUUGAGGUCAACGACGAGUUUCACUAUGCUGUCGUAGAGCCUGGCGUCACGUUCAUCGAGCUGUACGAGUACUGCGUCAAGAAUGGCAAAAAGGUCUGGCCCAGCACUGCGAGCUUGGGAUGGGGGAGCGUUAUGGGCAAUACUUUGGAUAGGGGUAUGGGCUUCGGCAUGAACUUCUCCCACCACCAGUGUAUGGCGGGGAUCGAGGUUAUGCUCGCAGACGGCGAUCUCGUACGUACGGGACAGUUCGGCAUCACGGCGUCACCAUCAGCGUUCCUUUCCAAAUUCACCUACGGGCCAUCUGUGGAAGGGCUGUUUUUGCAAAGCAACAUGGGCGUAGUCACCAAAAUGAGCCUGUGGUUGACUCCGCAGCCGCAAGCGUACAUGGCGUGUACCUUCUCCAUGCCAGCGUUUGACGACCUCGAGGUCAUGGUUGAUGCGUUUGGCGAGAUGAAGCGCAACGGGACGAUCCAGAGCUGCGUCUGGUUCACUAGCCUGAUCGAGACGCUUUGUAUUACGGGCCGGCGGGAGGAUUGGUGGAAGGGCGAGGGCCCAGUGCCAGACUGGCGGCUCGAGGAGUUGCGAAAAGAGACAGGCUAUGGGCAUUGGUAUGCUCGCUGGGGGCUGUACGGUCCGAAGCGGAUUGUUCAGGCCCAGUUUGAUGAGAUCAAGGAGGUGAUGUCGAAGAAGGCACCCACAGGCGAAAUAAGCGGUGUCAUGUAUGCAAAUGAGGAGGGUGUUGACGCCGCGGCGGUUCCGCCAGAGCACGGGAGCAUGUUUGUGGGCGUGCCAUCGCUCUGGAGUCUGCCCCUGAUCAACUGGCCCAUCCCCAGGGGCAAGGAGGGCAAGGCUGCUCACGGCGACUACGCACCUGUUAUCCCGUCCUCGGGUAAGCUACUGCUGGAGUGGAUGAAAGUCAGCAAGCCCAUCUGCGAAGCCAACGGUGUUGAGCUUAUGGCCGAUUUCUUUAUGCACGAGCGCCACGUCGUGCUCAUGAAUAUGUUCACUUGGGACCAGACAGAUCCGACGCAGAAGGUCAAAAUGAAGAAGCUGUACUACGGGCUGCAUGAGGAAGCGAAGAAGCGGGGGUAUGGCAUGUACCGUGGCCAUGUCAACUACAUGGACCUUAUCGCCGACUUGAACGACUUCAACAACCAUGCAUACAAUAGAUUUGUCGAGAAGAUCAAGGAUGCCCUCGACCCCAACGGCAUUCUCGCCCCAGGAAAGCAAGGCAUCUGGCCCAAUCGGUUCCAACAUUUAAGAGAGACCCAAGAAGCAGACUUAGUUGGCUCUUAACUGAACAACUGACGCAAACUCAACUGAACUUGCUGGUAUCUUCCAAGGGUUUGCUCUCAGACGAGACUUCAGUAAAGUGGGCGGUGGCCAGUCGUUGGUUCAAUGUCCUUAGUACCUGAGGAAUUGGGGUCGGGUUACCAGGCCGCAGAGGCAUAAGUGCAUGUGAGGGUAGGGUACCUCCAAUCCUGCAGCCAAUAUCCCUUAUGUCCAAUACAUG